ACAUUAGAGGUCAGCAGUGAGUCGAAUGUAGUCUGGAUCCACACAGAAGAUUUUAGCUCAUUAGCACUACCUUUUUUCCACAGUUAUAGGCUAUAGUUUACACACAGUCUUAUGUUGAACUAAAAUGUAGGUAAAUAAAAAUUACAAACACAUUAAACUUUUAGUACAAUUAAAAUUUAACACGCAGCAAUUGAUUUGGUCACAGAAUGAGCUAAAUUCUCAUCUGUUUAUAACUGAGCUAAAAGUGGCCUGUAAUUCUUUAUCAAACACUUUGCAUCUUAAAGCUGCUGAUACAAUGCAAAUCAGAGGCACUUGUUUUAAGGGAACAUUUUGAUAUGUUUCUGCAUCAUGACCCUGUCAGUCUGCUCCUUGAACUCUCGAGCCAGUCCAUUGAAAAGACACAUUGUUUCUUAAGGUUGGUCUUUGAGUCUGUGUUCACUGUGUAGGAGACUGUGAGAGCAGUCUGUGGCAUUAUACUGAAGCUCAGCACCGCUGCCUACAGACAUGGGUUGUUAUGAAUGCUGUAUGCGCUGUCUGGGAGGAGUGCCAUACGUCUCUCUAGUGGCCACUCUACUGUGUUUCUCUGGCAUUGCUCUGUUCUGUGGCUGUGGACAUCAGGCCCUUACAGAGAGCGAAAGACUCAUCGAGACUUACUUCACCCGUGACCAUCAAGACUACAUCACCCUAGCGUACCUUAUUGAGUAUUUUCAGUACAUUAUCUAUGGCCUGGCCUCCUUCUUCUUCUUGUACUGUAUAGUCCUGUUGGCUGAAGGCUUUUACACCACCAGUGCAGUUCGGCAGUCAUUUGGAGAAUUUCGUAGUACAGUUUGUGGUCGCUGUCUCAGUACAACGUUCAUCGUGAUCACAUAUGUCCUGGUUGUAAUCUGGUUGCUGGUGUUCUCCCUCUCUGCGAUUCCUGUCUAUUUCUUCUACAACAUGGCAAACACCUGUCACACUAUCCACAUCCUCUCUGAAACACCCUCCAGCAUCAACCAGCUGUGUAUUGAUGCCAGACAGUAUGGUUUACUUCCAUGGAACGCAGUGCCAGGAAAGGCUUGUGGGAUGACCCUGUCUAAUGUGUGCAAGACAAGAGAGUUUUUCUUGACCUAUGAUCUCUACAUUGCUGCCUUCGCUGGAGCGGGGAUGACAGUCUUGGCUCUGCUCACAUAUACUGUGUCCACCACCUAUAACUUUGCAGUUCUACGGUAUCUGGGGAGGAAAGGCAUCAGUCCACGGUGUUAACAUCUCUUCUGUCCUGGUGUCCACAGUGUCCUUCUACCCUCAAUAACAGCACCAUAUUGGAGCACUUUAGAGUUUCUCAUCUCUUGCUUUUCCACAACACGAUUUCCUGACUGUCUUUUAAAUUCUUGGAUGUAAAGGUUUACAUUCUGGAAUCUUUUCUCCAAACUAUCUUUCAUCUAAUUUUUCCACCUAUACCCCUCUUGUCCACCAGGGGAAGUAUUCUGCCUUCAAGUCCUCUGGGAUAUUAUAACUGUGCUAAUGUAACAAAACGGACAGUAUUAGGUGUGCAAAGGAUCUAUGUAUUUUUUCUGUGUAUUUUAUCACUCUUGUGCCUCCAGAAUAAUGGCAGUUGUGGUUUGGUCACAGUUGCCUCAUAAACCGGCUAAACAAGUAGUGUUUUCAAGCCAACUUUACCAAUAUUCUUCUUCAGCAGUACACAACUAAACUGUACAGUCAACAUUCACAGUGAGAACCUAAUUACACGCUACUGCGCUUAUCUUGAUCAUCAGGGUUGCCAAGUCUGUGGUUUUCCUGUGGAAUUGGGCUAUAUUUAAACUGUUGCCACAGGUUUAUUUGAUUGAAAUGCCUGUAUUGAGAUAUUGUACAUUCUACCAAUGAUAAAACUGAUAGAUGAUGAGUUUUGUGAGCAAGGGCACUAGUGAGAAGCCUUUGAGCUCCUGUGAGCUCAUUUAUAAAAACAGACUGUGUUUAUGAUUACUACUAGCCUAAGCCUGUAUAGUGAUUUUAAAGUUGAAAUUGUGUAUAUAAUGCAUAACACUGACUGUAAAAUGUGUAUUUUAGGUAUGGGGUGGCAUAUUUUGAGUUUUGAUUAUUUGGCAGUGGGUAAUCGGGCUAGUUUUGUUACACAGACCUGGCAACCCUGACGAUCAAGCCAACAUGGCUCGAAGGCAGCUAUAAGUAUUUGAUUCCAUUUUUACCCUUUUUAUUAUUUUGUUGUUGUUUUUGUUUUUAAGAUUUGAUACUAUAGACCAAAGAUAUAUAUAUACAUAGAUGCCUCAUAUACAUAAGCCAUCCGCCAUAUUGGAACGGUCAAAGUCGGUCCGUGAACAUUUGAGAGCAAGCUGAAUGACUUUCGUAAACUAACACAAUACAACAAGAUGAAGGUGUCAGCUAACACGACAUUAAAAAAGUAAAAGUAAAAAAAUUAAAAAGUACCUUAGUAAAAACCUGUAAUAUUGAGUUAAUAGAUAUAAAAACACAAACCAACACAUUCUCAAUUCUCAAAUGUUAUCCUAUUUCACAACCAGAAGCUGUUGUGGCAUCAAUCUUACUGUGAGUGACAACACGCUGACCGUUCCAAGAUGGUGGGAGUGCUGAUGUGUCUGGAGCGGUGGCAUCUACGUAUAGAUAUCUAUGCCAUAGACCUUAUGCGCCAGAGAAAGUAGCACGCAGCCAUCUUUACAAUAUUGUGUUCAAACUUCUGUUUUUGCGGUAGCUCUGUAUAUUUCUUUGACAUUACUGUCGAAGAGUAAUUAGCUGGUGAAAUGGUUAGUUAUCACGAGCAUUGUUAUCACGCAGCGCUGAAAAGGGGCGGGGCUAAAUAAGGUCUCUACUAGCAGGAUAGUUUGUUUCUUUUUUUAAAUAUUUGUUUACAGUUAGUAUAUGAGUCCAUUUGAGACUGUCUGUGGGUCUAUCCAUAAUUUAAGUUACUUAAUUGGACAAAAUCUAUACUUGUUUUAGAAAAUUAAAACUAAAUGGUUACACUUUAUUUCGAGGUUUCAGUGUUACAGUGUAAUUAUACAUUUAAGUACUGAGUAUUACUAUUAAUCAACUACAUGUACUUACAAUAUUGUAGGAUCAGGGUUAGUUGUGUGCAAUUAUGCAUAAUUUACUGUUAUCACUAUUGUGAGUACAUGUAACAAGGACACUGUAAAAUAAAGUGUUACCAACAAAACCAUUGGGUAGAAAUAACAUAAGAUUUUGAGAUGCUCAAAAAAACCUCUCAUGGUUGUGAUGGCUGGUUUCCAUGGUGGCCAUCCCUCACAUCUGGUUGCCAUGGAGAGAGAGACAGCAAUGUGUGCAGUUUUCUUGUGACCCCAGCACUUUUUUUCUCACAGCCUCUUGAAAGGACUGAGAAAAGCCUAAACAAUGGUCCAGCCCCUCUUUGUUGGAGGAAAGCCCCAGCACAAACCCAUGCUAGGGGUCAGUUUACGCGUCAGAAGAUAUCGCCUACUGACAAAGAGACUUCUGGGACUUUUCAGCUGCUUGAAUAAAAGCCUUUCUGUGACCGGUGUAUGAUGGGGCUAAUAAUGUUUGUGCAGGUAUUUUGCUGCACAGGGUGUCGUUGCUAAUAGUGUUUCAUGGCUGGGAUAUUUCACUCAAAAUUGAGAGCAAUAGGAAGCAAAAAUGUAGAAAACAAAAAUGAAAAAAGCAGCCUUUUCAGCUGUAGCUUAAUUUUGUUCCUUUUCUGUAGAUACUUUUUUUUUUCAUAACAAAAGUUAACCAAUUUAGGGUUUGAUUUGGUCCUGAACAUUUUUUUUUUUUUUUAUAAUGAAAGUCUUUGAUCCUGACACGUUGGCUGCUUGAUCGCCCCCUAGUGUUUGGUAAAAGCAAGAUUUUAGAGUAGAUGUAAAGCAGUAGUUCACCUAAAUAGUUCACAAAUAAGUGACUCAUCCUUAUGUCGUUUCAAACCCGUAUCACCUCACAAAAAAAAAAACAGUGUUUUAGGCAGAAUGUAAGUAUGUACAACUUGUGCACUAUAUUCCAAGUCUUCUGAAGUCACAUGACUGUAAAAUAAAGUGUUACCAACAAAACCAUUGGGUAAAAAUAACAUAAGAUUUUGAGAUCCUCAAAAAAACCUCUCGUGGUUGUACAACUUGUGCAUUAUAUUCCAAGUCUUUUGAAGUCACAUGACUGAAAAAAAAAAAAUAGCUUUCUUAUUGCCCUUGAAAAACAUGCCCUUCAACAUGGCUUUUAAAUCUCAUUUGUGCUUCACUUGACAUUUGGCAUCAUUGAUGACAAACCUGACAAGACCAUAGAAGACUUUUGAAGAAAUUUGGUGCACAAAUUAUAUGGACUACUUUAAUGAUGAUUUUCUUCUUUCGCUGUAUGAAAAAGAGCAGCGUGAACAUUCUUUGAAAUGUCUCCUUUUGUGUUCCACAGAAAAAAAAAUAGUCAUCACUUUUUUUAUAUAUAUAUAUAUAUAUAUAUAUAUAGAGAGAGAGAGAGAGAUUUUUUCCUUUAUAUAAGGAUUGUUUCAAAGCAGCUUUGCAUUAAUAAACAUGAAAAUAACAGUGUUAAUGUUGCAAAAUGUAUCAAUUAAGAAACAAAUUAAAUUUCAGCAGUUAAGCAGCUCUGCAAAAGACAAAAGUGUUAUUAUUCAGCUAAAGUCAGUUCAAAUUUUGUUCUUAUCCGAUAGUAUCAGUGCAGUCAAAUCAAUAAUAUUACUGAAUGAAUUAAUUGUCUUUUAAAGCCCACCUGGGGCGAGCCGAAGGGGACAGUGGCAGGGAACGCAAAACAAAUAUAAAGUCAUGCAGGUUUGGAACAACACUGUGACUGCGACAAAUAUCUGAACUGUCAUUGUGAACUAUUUUGUUAUGUAACUCUAAUUAUAAGGAGAUUAUUGUAGUUAUUGUAUAACGCUUCCUUUUGCAAAAUUUUUAAUCAGUGAUUUUUGCAUAUUUGUUUAUGAUUAGCACUAACAGUAUUUCUUAGAUUUUUGUGUACAGACUCAAUGCUUUGUUCAGCUCAGGUUUCUUAUUUUAACCUGCUGUUGGCUGCACAGUUUGUUGAUACUGUAAAAACUGAUGGCUGGGAGGUUUAGCACGAAAUAAAGGUCAAUGUCUUUCA